CGUAAGUAUAGAUGCAAAGGGUGUGUAAAUAAAUAAAAGGGUGUCCAAGCAAACAUGUAAUUAGUACUACUUUGGAUAUCCCUUCAUAAUUGAUUCGCCGCCAACUAUACCUGUCUCUCCAAUGACUACAAGAAUGUCCGGACAACACAAUAACAAUACUUUUAUUACAUAGUUUAGUGACUUAUAACGUUGUACCCAAUACUCCUUCAGCCUAACAACAUUCUUCACUUCAACCACUUUCCCUAUAAACAAAACUCCACAUUUUAACUCCAUAUUUUCCUCAAAAUAUGCCACUUUUGAUGGAUUCUCAAAUGAUCAUUCAUACAUCAUUCAUCUUUCUGUUCUUUUGGUUUAGUAAUCCAAUCAAAAACACAGUUUCCCAGCCUUCUUCAACUCACUGUCCACUAGAAUUCAAGAACCUCACAACCGUACUAAAUUCGACAUGCGAAGAAGGGACAUGGAACGAUUUUUUACUAGAUAAAUGUUGUAAAGAACCGUUUAACAUUUACCUCGAUGCACUAGCUGCACGUGCAAAUCAGACCGGAAGAAUCUUCUUGAACUCGACUGAACAAACAAGUUGCUUGAACAAGAUUAAGAACAACAUAACAGAUGUUUUUAGUUGUGGGAUUGAUAAGCUAACCAUAACCAGUGGUGUAAAAGGCUGCUCAGGUUUUUUGGUUCAAGAUGUGCUUAAUAAGCUUGGUGAUGAAGUUAUAGGUCUAUCGACAGGCUGCGGUUUGUUUGACCGUCGUGAAGGUUCAUGUGAAAAAUGUGUGAAGAGUUGGAAUGAGAUCAGAGGGAUAGAAGCUGGAGAUGAUGCUGAUUUAUGCAGAUUUGCGGUGUUGACUUCGUUAACCACUAGUCGAAUCGAUGACUUGAUUUGGGCGCAGAACAUUCGUAGAUGCCUUGGCAAUGUUACCAACGGUUUUAAGGUAUAUGCUGACACCAGUGCACAAGAAAAAAAGAAGGAGACAGCUGUGAUAGUUGGACCGCUGUCAGGGUUUUUAGCAUUAGUGAUAGUCUGUGUAUAUAUCAUUGUAAGACGAUGUCAGAACUCGCGUGCAAAAGCACAGGAAGACGCCACGAAGCGUGAUCUGCCAAAGAAGUCUGAAUAUCUUAAGGUUCCGCUUAAGGAUAUCCAUGAUGCUACUAACAACUUGGACCAAUCAAACUACAUUGGUGAAGGAACAGCAGGCAAGGUGUAUAGAGGCAGGCUAAAAAAUAAACGACGUGUUGCCAUCAAGCAUAUCGUCAAUGAGGAAUUUGUAGAAACUUUUUUGAGGGAAGUUAAGAAUCUAGCGCUUGUUAAACAUCCGAAUCUGGUUACAUUGCUAGGGUAUUGUGACAAUGGGGAUGAAUGCUUCCUCAUUUAUGAACUAUGUGUCAAUGGAAAUCUCGCAGAGUGGCUUUUCGGAAAGGAUAAAGCGUUGUCAUGGAUUCAAAGGCUUGAGAUUGCAGUAGAUUCCGCUCGAGGACUUUGGUUUCUCCACACAUAUUCAGAGGGUUGCAUUGUUCAUCGGGAUAUUAAGCCGACAAACAUACUCCUAGGGCCAAAACUUGAGGCCAAGUUAUCUGACUUUGGAUUGUCCAAGGUUAUUGACAUUGGAGAAACAUAUGCAAGCUCAGAGGUCCGAGGAACAUUCGGUUAUGUUGACCCCGAAUACCAAAGUGACCGUCAAGUCAAUUCAGGAGGUGAUGUGUAUAGUUUUGGAAUAGUGCUUCUACAAAUUAUCUCCGGAAAGAAAGUUAUAAACAUGAAUGCAAACAAACCGAUGUCAUUAGUGAGGACGGCGAAGUCACUAACCAGAGGUGGAAGCGUAGUAGGAUUCGCUGAUCCGAAGCUUGAAGGUGAAUACUCUACAGAAGCCUUUGAACUUGUGUUUAAGCUAGCAAUGUCAUGCACAGGACACAAACCAGAAAGACCGUCAAUGGGUCAAGUGGUUGAGACGUUAGAGAAGGCCCAUGAAAUAUCGGUCAGAGUCAUGGCUUCGAAAACACCACUUAACAUUCAAACACAACAAACAAUGUGAGUUCCAUGUACUUAUGGCAUACGAUAUUGGCCAGAAAUCGAUUUUGGUAACAACAAUUUUUGCUUACUUGAACAGUUGAUAUCCCGGUUUGUUGGAUAUAAAUGAUA